CUGCGGCAACAGCAGGGACGAAUGACCAUCUCAUGCGGCACUUGCCUUCCACCAAGGGCAAAUUGGCGGCCUCGUCACACUGCCCGUGUCGACGGAUCAACCCUCACGCUUUUCCCACUGCUUGGGCGCCCCAAAACCCUCGGAGAACCCUCCCCGCAUCUCCCCACUUCCCCGUCUCUUGCCCACGCUCCUCCUCCAUCGAAGCCAUGGAGAUCGAGCAGUUGGAGCGGCCUGUUCGACAGCCGCUCAAAUAUCUCCAGCCACGACGUUACGAGAUUAAGGUGUUUGAAGCCGCGAUGAGGAAGAACACGAUCGCUGUGCUGGAGACGGGGGCAGGAAAGACGUUAAUCGCCGUGAUGCUUAUGAAGGAGUUCGGGAAGCGGCUGAUCGUGGACGGUAAGAAGAUGACGAUCAUUUUUCUGUCUUCAACAGUCAAUCUUGUGAAUCAGGACUAUACAGAGCUGGAUGUAGUAGAAUACUGUGGAGCGCAAAGGAUUGGCGAGUGGAGCACUGAUUGCUGGGAAAAGAAUGUUAAAACUAGAGAUGUUGUGGUGAUGACUCCCCAGAUACUAUUGGAUGCUUUAAGGCGUGCAUUUCAGACUCUAGACACAGUGCAAUUGAUUGUUUUUGAUGAGUGCCAUUGUGCUCGUGGUAAUCAUCCAUAUGCAAGAAUAAUGAAGGAAUUCUAUCAUGAUACUGGAUGCAAGCCAACCAUUUUUGGAAUGACAGCAUCUCCUGUAGGCGGCAAAGAUUACAAUGAACUCAUAAAAACAGAAGUCGGAUAUGCAAUGGGAACCAAAAAUGGAUUUAUAUCUUCAAAGUUGGACAAACUAGUUGAAAUUUCUCAAUCACUUAGAUUAGAAGAAGAGGUAUACUGUCUAAUUUUAAUGGAAAGAGUUAUAACUGCUAAAGUGAUUGAAAGAUUUAUGAGAAAGAUCAAUAUCACACCACAUUUUCCAGUGUCUUACUUGACUGGUGGAGGUUCAUCAAAAGAUUCUUUAACCCCAAAAUUGCAGAGAACCGUUAUUGAUUCUUUUCGAGCUGGGAAGGUGAAUUUCUUGCUCACUACUGAUAUAGCUGAAGAAGGAGUAGAUAUACCUAAUUGUUCCUGUGUGAUCCAUUUCGACUUAUCUAAAACAGUUUGCAGUUAUGUCCAGUCUCGUGGCAGAGGACGACAAGUUAAUUCAAGUUUUAUUCUCAUGCUUGAGAGGUAG